GGAAAUUUGAAUGUGCGCUUCGAAAAGUCGCUGUGUGAAUUGGUUUCGGUAAAGGCGGCUUGUGAGUUACGGCGCUGAAACAAACCCAAGACAUGGAUACCAGGUCGCAGUUUGCCGGCCGCUACAAAAAAGAUCUGAGCACCGAAACCUUAAGGGCCAAAGUGGCCCGGCGCAAAUCCAUCACUCAGAAGGAAAACAGACACAAGGAGUUCAGAAAGGGCAGAGGCCUAGCGCUGGUGGACGGAAAUGUCACAAUGUGUAGGGAGUACGAGCUGUCGGUGCUGGAGGAGGCCGGCGAACCUUCCUUCAUGAAAGGCAAUGAGUCGGUGGCAGGUGUCUCUAAGCCCAAACAGCAGAUGUCGAAAGAGCGCUUGGAAAUGUUGCAGCGCUUCAAAGAAGAAAAGCUACUCCGAAAAUUAAAAGACCAAAGAGAAAAGGCGGCUAAAGGGGUUUUUAAAUGCGGUCUCUAUAAACCGGAUGUUAUGCUUCUUCCGCCCGCGCCCCCUCAAAAGGCUGUGAAAGUCAAACCAAAAGAUCAGCUGGCGCCACCUACUACGAGAGUUACAAGAUCUGCAGCUAAAGCUGAAAAUUCUGCAAACAAGACUACCCGCUCCCAGCACGUUCCGACGGGUGUACUUAACAGCAGCAAGAUAUUAGCAGAACGCACAGUCCCAAGAGGACGAGGACAGAGUUCAACCCUAAAAAAAGCUGAUAAGGAACAUAAAGUUGUCCCGCCACCUACAAGACCUCUUAGAACCACAGUGGCGUCUGCAGCUAAAGUGCCCCCUAAAAGUAUUGCUGUUACCAAACCUCAAGAAAAAAUUGUUAAAGAAAACAAAGUAGAACCAACCGUGCAAGAAAAAUCUCAGCCUCAACUUGCUCCCAUAUGUAAAACUGAAGAACUUGUAAAGCCACAACUUGAAGUGCAUGCAGAAGAAGACAUCUGUAAAGAAACCACCUCGGAAACGGAGACCGCAGGAGGUGCUUCUUCCUUGGCACGUGAAAGGAAACCCUCUUUUGCUCCUGAUAAUUAUAAGUUCCAACCGUUGGAAGGUUUGUGCCAUUACAAGCUGAAGCCUAUGUCACCAGGCCAAGCGGAUAGAUUUCUGAAUCCAUCCUUCACAUGGAGCCCUGUCCGAUCAGAAAAGACUAAUUUGCUAGAAUCUCCUAAGAAGGAAACAAAAGGACAAAAUCACUUGCUUCCUGAUGAUCAAGACUUGGAGCCAACUGUCUGUGCUGUAGAAACAAACACAACUUCUCCUCCUCAAAGAAAAGAAUGCGUGACUGAGCAGAAUUCCUGUACAUCUGCACAACAGUCUCCUCCAUCUCAGACUAUUAUAUCAGAUGCUUUACAGGAGAACAAAGAGCUGGAGCAACUAGAGGAGCGGCAGCACGAUGUGCCUUACUUCCGAAACAUACUGAAGUCUGAGACGGAGCGGCUUUUCAUACUGUCCGCAGAGUGGGAAAAAAAAGUUGACGCAGACAUUCCAGAGGAUGCAAAGGAUCUGAUACGCACAACUGUUGGGCAAACACGACUCCUAAUUACAGAGCGGUUUAAACAGUUUGAGGGACUUGUGGACAACUGUGAAUUCAAGCGUGGUGAAAAGGAAACAACAUGCACAGAUCUCGAUGGUUUCUGGGAUAUGAUCUACUUUCAGGUUGAAGAUGUGGGUAAGAAGUUUGUCAAUCUUGGGAAGCUGGAAGAGAACUCAUGGCAACAAAACACAGUCCAGACCAAAAGAGCUGUAAAAAAGAGAAUUGUUUCAGUACCAAAGCAGAGUCAAGGUGAUAACGGGAGGGCUGCAGCUCGAAGUCGUCUUGCUGCAAUUAAAGCUGCCCUGAAAGACAAAGGAAAGCCAACAGAACCAGUAGCUGAAGUAGCCUCAGAUGUCCCCAAGCAGCUUGAUCUGGUAGUCUUUGACGCUGGGUUCUUUCGAAUUGAGAGCCCUGCAAAACCAAAAAAUGAUGUGAAAAUAAAUCGAAGAUCAUCUCAAACACCCAAGGCUUCCAAGUCCAUCACGAAAACCUCUAGAAUUCAUGUUACCGGCCGCUUUCUAGAAGAUGAUGUGGAGUGUUUGGAAAUAAAGGGUUCAAAAUCUCCUGUAGGAAGGGUGCUAUUCACUGCAGAGAAAGAAAGCACAUUAAACACAGAAGAAUCUUCUAAAAGUUCAGAUUUCAGCGAUAACAAAGAUGACUCCUCCCAAGCGAGUCUUGUAAAAUAUUUGGUACCUCCGGAGUGCAUUGAUCUAGAGUUUGGAGAUUCCCCUGCAGCCAAGCCGAGCGAGCGUAACCUGGACUCGAUUCUCACAACUAACGCUUCAUUAGUGGAUGAUGUCUUUAUGACCAGCCCUGGAAAAACUGUCGAGGAAAUCAGUAUCCACUCUCCAUUUACAGAUCUUGGGGAAUUUGCUGAUGCAGACUGUAAGAUUGAUGAUGCUGAUGGAAUCCCUCUCCGAGGAAACUGCAGUCCUUCAAACACGGUGAUCCGGGCUCCUCUGGCCUUUGACUCUCUUGCGUGUGACUUGAUUGUUUUUUCACCCAUGGAGAAGUGAAGAGCUUGGUUUAAGGAACACAUAUUUGUAUUGGAACACAUCAGACCUUGGCUCUGUUAACAUGGACUUUACAAUAUUGUACAUUUUCACCUGUGUUGUCUUGUCUUUGUCAGUUUUGAGUGUUCUGUACUUAUACUGUUGAAAUGCGUCUGAAUGUUACCUUCCACAUAUCUUUGUUUUAUCGGAGAGCCGCCUCGAGCUGAAUUUGAAUUCAAUUUGCAAAAAACAUGUAAAAUGUACAAUUUACUUUUAGAAAUGUAUUUAAUGUUUUGAAGUUUUUUUUUUUUUAUCUUUUAUAGACCAGGUCAUAACCUUAUGCUUUUUAGAGUAUAUACUGCAUAACUUGGUGUUACACAGCUAUAUGUUGUUCCAACCCGUUUCCUUCUGAAUAUAUUUUAUCAAAAUGUAUAUUCUUUGUAGAGCUAGCAAUAACAAAACACACAAUAAAUUCUGUAAACGAGGGUAUGAGAGUUGGCAUGUAAAGAAGCGUAGAGAUAACCCCCUGGGCUUGUCUGAUAUUAAAGGGUCAGUCUAAUGUCCCUGAUACUUCUACUAUAGGAAAUGCAUAUUAAAAUACCAAGUACUUUAAUAUGCAUGCUUCUGAGAUGGAAAUAAACAUAAAGCAUUUAACACAGAA